ACCUGUAAAAGACUUCACAGACUUCAACCCUCACACCUCUCUAUUUCUCAGACUCAUUUUCUCCAUAUCUCUCUCUCUCUCUCUCUCUCUCUCUCUCUGUGAAUCUCCUUGUUCUCUCCAACUUUCUUGCUUUUAUGGACAAAGGAUGGGGUCUCACCCUGGACUCGUCUGACUCCCCUGGCAACUUUCUCCUCAACAAGAACAAGCGCAGCCACGACAUGAUUUUCCAGGGUAUUCAGUUUCCGGUGGGUCUCGGCCGUAGGGACGAGCAGGCCGCUCCUCCACCGUCAGAUGAAAACCGGGUCGCCCUCGGUGAGGUUGACUUCUUUGCGGACAAGGGUAGGUCCGCUGGCCAUGAGAAUCGUGAUGAUAAUAUUCAUGGUUCCAAGACCAUUAGAGUCAGUGUCAAGAAGGAGAAUUCCCAUGGGGAAGAUGCUCCAAGGCCUGGUUUGGAUGUCAACACUGGGUUGCACCUUCUUACUGCUAAUACUGGAAGUGAUCAAUCAAUGGUGGAUGAUGGGAUUUCAUCGGACGCUGAAGAGAAGCGAGCAAAGAAUGAGCUAGCACAGUUACAAACGGAGCUCCAACGUAUGAAUUCGGAAAACCAAAGGUUGAGAGACAUGCUUGGUCAGGUGACCAACAAUUACAGUGUCCUCCAGAUGCAUCUUGUGGCGUUCAUGCAACAGCAACAGCAACAGCAACAGAAUCAUGGAGCCGAUAGCACACAAGAGCAAGAGGUUGUUGAAGCUAAAUCUGAAGAGAGAAAACAUGAGGUUAAUGGAGGAGCAGUUGUGCCAAGACAAUUCAUGGAUCUAGGCCCUGGUGCCCCAGCUGAUCAGGCAGACGAGGUGUCUCACUCUUCAUCGGAAGAUAGAACCAUUUCGGGAUCGCCUAGGAACAUUAACAAGAACGAGGUUGUCCGGGAAGGUAAACGGGUUGGUCGGGAAGAGAGCCCCGAGUCCGAAUCACAAGGUUGGGUUCCUAACAAGGUUCCCAAACUGAAUCCGGCCUCCAAACCUGCUAUUGAACAAUCCGCAGAAGCCACGAUGAGGAAAGCCCGUGUCUCAGUUCGUGCCCGGUCAGAAGCUCCCAUGAUCUCCGAUGGUUGCCAAUGGCGAAAAUAUGGACAAAAGAUGGCAAAAGGAAACCCAUGUCCCCGGGCAUAUUAUCGGUGUACCAUGGCAGUUGGUUGUCCAGUCCGCAAACAAGUUCAACGUUGUGCGGAAGACCGAUCAAUUCUGAUAACUACUUAUGAAGGAAACCAUAAUCACCCGCUUCCACCAGCUGCAAUGGCCAUGGCGUCAACCACAGCAGCAGCUGCUAGCAUGCUUCUGUCGGGGUCCAUGUCAAGCGCCGAUGGGAUAAUGAACCCGAAUUUGCUCGCAAGAGCAAUUCUUCCUUGCUCAUCAAGCAUGGCGACAAUCUCAGCUUCGGCGCCAUUCCCUACUGUGACACUGGACCUUACACACUCGCCGAACCCGUUGCAGUAUCAAAGACCCGCUGGGCAAUUUCCGGUCCAGUUUUCCGGCCAACCGCAGAACUUUGGGUCAGUGCCAACCCAACCACUGCCGCAGGUGUUUGGGUCAGUGCCAACCCAACCACUGCCGCAGGUGUUUGGUCAAGCUCUUUACAACCAGUCCAAAUUCGCCGGCCUUCAGCUAUCUCAAGACAUGGGACCUUCCCAAUUAGCCCACCAUGCACCACACCAACAAUCACACCAACCCCAGCAACAGCAGCCCUCAUUGGCUGACACGGUGAGCGCUGCCACAGCCGCCAUCACGGCUGAUCCAAACUUCACGGCCGCUCUGGCAGCCGCCAUCUCAUCCAUCAUUAGCGGAGGUCAUCCAAACAAUAACACAAACACCUCCCCCACCAACACCGGCAGUGGUACUGCCAACGUGACCACGAGCAACAAAAUCAGCAAUUUUCAAGGGAAUUAGGAGUUGGGUCUGAUCAUUUUGUUUGUCAUUAAAUAUUUUUCCUUUUUUUGGGGGGAUGAGAAUGUGAUUACAUGUUCAUAAUUUUUGUCCUUGUUGGGGGAGGGAGGGUCCGGUUUAGAGCGCAAGAUGUUCAUUAUUUCUUAUUGUUUCAUUUUGAAUAAUUCCAUUAACAUUUCUCAGUAAAUACACAAAAAGAAUUUUAGAUAUUUAUUUA